UUUAGAGGCGAACUCCUCCCUCAGAACCAGGAAGCACUAUCCAGUAGUGCCUGAUGUUGGGAGUUUGACAGCUGCAAACUGCGCAGACAUGGCUCUCUUUGAGGGCUGCUCAUUGCUUCUGGAGUUGAAAAAUCUCCCUUUCAAGGAAAAGACAAAAAUAAAGUCAUCCAUAACAGAAAAUGGAGGCCAUAUUUCCUUUGUGAUCAACAAACAGUGCUCCCUAGUAGUGACCAACGAUGUGUCCAAGCUGACCUCCAGGCUGCACCGCAUCCAGAAGUACCAGACGCCUGUUGUGGGGCUGGAUUACGUGCACAGCUGUCUGGAGAGGAAUGUUCUUUUACCAGUGGAUGAGUUCAAACUGGAUAUUUCUUCGCCCUUCGCUUUGUCUCGUGCUGUCCCACACACCCCUCCGCAACCAGCCCCUCUCCGACCCCCAGUGGCCAAGCAGCCCAGAAGGAACAGGCAGCAGUCGCAGACAGAGGUUGAAGAGGAGAAUGGAAACAUUUUGGAUAAGUUCAGAGUGUAUAGGGAUGCAGAUCAGGAUUUGCCAGAGUUCUCUGAACACUUCCACGUGGCCAAAUACAGCAUUUUUCAAAAGGGGAACAGGACCACAUGGUGUGUUCUGGAGCUGCAGAGUUAUUGUGGAGAUGAUGGGCAGAAGUACCGUGUGGUCCGGUACUGGAUGGAAAAGAAACACUCAAAGCGAGACAUGUUGGUGUAUCCGACGACAUCUGAGGAGGCUGUGGAGAUUUAUAAAGUAAUGAUGGAGAAUCAGAAGGCUGCGGGUUUAAAGCAGGAAAAGGACAUGCCUCCUCAGGUCACGGACUUCGGCUCCUCUCCUCUGCAGCAGCUGCUGCUGGAGGAGAAGCUGAGCACUGGAGUGUUGUCACACAGUGUGGGUGUGUUUGUGGAGCUGCUGUGGACCGAGGCCCAGGGUUGUCUUGACAACACCCUCCAAGUUCCAAUCGACAAACUCAGCAUCAAUGAUGUGAGUCGAGCCGAGGGACUGCUGAUUCAAGUGCAGAGAGAAAUGAAGAAGGCCAACCAUCCUGAGGUGGCAUCUCUAAUGGCUGCCGUUUACACUCUCCUGCCACACAAAGUCCCUCCACCAUUUCCUGAUCCGAGUCUUGUGUCCCAGAAACUGGACCUGUGUCAGCUAAUCCGGGAUGUUCUAAACGUGAAAGAGAUGAGUAUGAGCGGCUCUGCCCUGUCCUGCUUGGGGAAGUACCGUGCGCUUCGGUGCAGCAUUGAAGAGGUUGCCAAUGAUAGUUCUGAAUUUCAAACUGUCACUUCUUUACUCGAAAGGAGUUGUGACAGCGACUUGGAAUUCAGUGGGGUGAAUAUCCAACAAAUACUGCGUGUUACCCGAGGUGUGGAGCUCCAGACUUUCAGGAAUGAGCUGGGGAACAUUAAGUCUCUGUUCCACUCAUCGACUCCCAGGAACUUUGUGGGGAUUCUGUCUCGUGGUCUGCUGCUUCCUCGUGUUGGAGUGGAGGAUCAUGGGAUAAUUAGAACAGAUGGUGGAAACCUAGGUGGUGGCAUCUAUUUCAGUGAUUCCAUGAGCACAUGCAUUGGCUAUUCCAAGGCCAGUGAUACGGAUGGCUCUCGCCUCAUGCUUGUGUGUGACGUGGCACUAGGUUCAUGCAAGGACGUGUAUAAGAAAGACUACACGCUGACUCAAGCACCUGAGGGACACACAAGUGUGCAUGCAGUCCGUAAAUCCCCAAGGGCUUCAUCUGAGUUUGAGCAUGACGAGUUUGUGGUCUACAGUCCUGAUCAAGUGAGGCUGAAGUAUGUGGUCCAAUUCAGCUGCUCCACUGACUCAGUCAGGAAAUUCAGUCCCUCCAUCAACUUGUGUGAUGAGAAGGCGUUGCCCUCUCCUGGCGACGCGAUUUCCGAGAAAGAUAUUGGAAUAGAUGAUAUAAAGAACCCUCUGGAGGACAUGAAGGCCGGAUUGCUGGACAGCAAGGGGCAGCAGCUCCCUCUGCAGGCUGUCAAUGUGAAGUGCAGGCUGAAGGAUCUGCUCUCUCAGGUCAUAAUCUUCCAGAAGUACACUAAUCUGGGAACCGAGCCCAUCGAGGCAAAGUACGUCUUUCCGUUAGAUGACUCAGCAGCAGUGUGUGGGUUUGAAGCAUUCAUCAAUGGAAAGCAUGUGGUGGGACAGGUGAAGGAGAAGGAACGAGCACGCCAAGAGUACAAGCAGGCAGUAGAGAAAGGCCAUGGAGCGUACCUCAUGGAUCAGGACGCCCCAGAUGUUUUCACCAUCAGUGUGGGCAACCUGCCACCGGGCGCAACCGUCAUCAUUAAAGUUACCUUUGUGUCUGAGCUGGUGAUCAAGGACGGGAGUGUUUUCUUCUCUCUGCCUGGAAGCGUCGCUCCUUGGCAAGAGAGUGCAGCACUCAACCAGACCACACAAGUGACUUUGGAUAAAGUCUGUAUCACUGACGAAACAGCAAGUAAAAGAGAGUUCACUCUGGACAUGGCAAUUGAGAUGCCCUAUGAUAUCACAAGACUGCAUUGUGUUACCCAUGAAAUCCUAAGGAAGAAAACAGAUUGCAAAGCAGUAGUGAGCUUGCAGCCUGGACAGGUGAUGGGUCCAGAAGGAUUCCAGCUGUUCAUCAGUCUGUCUGCGGUUCAUUUACCCAGGAUGUGGGUAGAAAACCAUCCUGACAAAGACAGCCAGGCCUGCAUGCUGGUUUUCUACCCCAACUUUGAAAGCAGCAAGGAGGCUGCCACAGACGAAGUGAUCCUGCUGCUGGAUGUGUCCGAGUCCAUGAGAGGGGGGUCACUCCACAAUGCCAGGAUGCUUGCGCUGCACAUUAUCAAAACCCUCGACCCCAAUGUUAGAGUCAACGUUGUUGUCUUUGGCACAGAUCACUCUCAAGCCUUUCUGGCAGCGCGUCCGCUCGCCGAAGCUGGGGAGGAGGCUGAGAGAUUCAUCAAGGCCAUCCCUCAGUCUGGAGGCAGCACCGAAUUGUGGCGUCCGCUACGGUUACUGAAUCUCCUCCCACCAUCCCGAGGCACCAGGAACCUUCUCCUGCUGUCAGACGGCCACAUCCAAAACGGAAUGCUGACUUUGCAAAUGCUGAGGGACAACGCUCGCCACAGCCGUCUCUUCACCUGUGGCCUGAGUACCACGGCUAAUCGCCACAUGCUGCGUGCUCUGGCCCAAGCAGGAGGCGGAGCUUAUGAGUACUUUGAUACCAAGACGAAACAUACCUGGAAACACAAGGUGGCCUCUCAGGUGCAGCGAAUGUCAGCCCCAAGCUGCAGCUCUGUGUCAGUCAAGUGGCAGCAGUUCAACCCAGCAGCACCAUCUCCUGUACAAGCCCCAAAACGGCUCCAGUCUUUGUUCAACGACUGCCACACCCUCGUCUUUGGCUUUGUGCCACACUGCACACAGGCCACUCUUCUGGGAAACUUGAGUGGCCAGGAGCUGAACACCAUGGUGUCAACCAGUGAACUGCAGAAAACCAAAGGCACGUUUCUCCACAAGCUCACUGCGCGGGCCAUCAUCAGGGAUUAUGAAGACGGAAGCCUGGACUUCAGCGAGCCAAUUCAAGAGGGGAAGAAGUCAGAGUUGAAGUCCUACAUUAUCGAACUGAGCAAAGAGUUCUCCAUCCUGUCGCAGUUCACCAGCUUUGUGGCAAUUGAAGAAAGGGACACUGGUGAAUCUGAAAAGGGCUACACUGAUAUUGCAAAGUUACUCGCUGAGGAAGAUGUUGACAUCCUGUCAUACAUGAGCUGGGAUUAUGGUGAUAAAGAAGAAGAAGAAGAAGAAGGAGAAGACUUGAUGUCCUCAUUGCUUUGUGCAGGACGGAUGCUCCAUUCUCUAUGUACAGAGUCCUGGAUCUCGGACUUUGAUGUCAUCCUUGGCAUGGAUGGUGACAUGAUGAUGGAUUUACCGGCGCACUUCCUUGGCAUGAAUGAUGAUGAUUAUCAUCAGAUGGUUCCAACAAAUCAGACAUAUGGUGAAGAAGCAAGUCUUUCAGAUGAGUCUUCAUCAUACGGAGAGAUGGAGGCGUCCUUGGACUCACCACCGACUCGCCAAGGUUCAGAUUCCGUCUUGUUUGGUGCAGUGCAGUCAGAACAAGUGACUGAGAAAAUGGUGGGAGCAUUUGGACGCACAGAGUCUCCUGGAAGCAGUUAUUCUGCAGUCGAGAUUCAAGCUCCUCGUCUCGCUUCCUUAUCUCGUUUCGCAAAGUGCCAGGGCUCGUCCAUGUCCCUGCUCAGACAAAGCCCGCCUGAUUCUGAUUAUUAUUCUGAAAAGCCAGUGAUUGCUGGAUUCUCGUUCAGUGGAUUCUCAUCCUGUCCUCCACCCCCUCCACCCCCUCCCUCGUUCAGUGGAUUCUCAUCCUGUCCUCCACCCCCUCCACCCCCUCCCUCGUUCAGUGGAUUCUCAUCCUGUCCUCCACCCCCUCCACCCCCUCCCUCGUUCAGUGGAUUCUCAUCCUGUCCUCCACCCCCUCCACCCCCUCCCUCGUUCAGUGGAUUCUCAUCCUGUCCUCCACCCCCUCCACCCCCUCCCUCGUUCAGUGGAUUCUCAUCCUGUCCUCCACCCCCUCCACCCCCUCCCUCGUUCAGUGGAUUCUCAUCCUGUCCUCCACCCCCUCCGCCACCCAUGAUGGGAGGUGCUAUACUGUCUUCAGGUCUCCGUCCGUUUGGUUCUGCCUCCUUUUUCACCACUCCUCCUUACCAUCCCACCUCUCCUUCUGGGUUCUCUCCUCCUUCCAGCCUAUCCACACUGCCUGAGCCUAUGAGUCUCACAAAGCCUGGCCAAGUAGCUGGAGAAGCUUUGGAAUCUAUUCCCUUAUUACGAUCUGUGAUUUCAGAUCACAGUUUAUCUCCACAUCUUUCCUUCUUCCCUGACUCGAGAGAAAAACGCACUAAGGCCCAUUUCCAAGCCCCAGCCGGACCUCCAGUCAUCCAAGAACCCCAGCAAGGAGCAGGAAGCAUGCCUGACAUACCUUUAGAAAAAAUGAGGGAAGAGGCUUCCCGAACAAGGCACACAUUUAGUUUGGCCCUUAGCGCCGGUGCAGCUGAAAUCAAUGUCAAACCCCAUCUUCACAAAAGGAGACGGUGUCUCAGUUUAUCACAGAAGAGGAGAUCACAGCCAUUACAGCCUGAAGACCUGCACCUAAAAUGGACAGAGAUCUUUAAGCUGCAACUUCCAGAGGGAUUUUGGGAGUCGACCGCUGAACUGGGUCAGCUCAUCAACGUGGACCUUUGCCUCUUCGCUGACGUCUUCCUGAAAAGCAGAGGCAUCAACUCUCUGGGAGAGAAGGCCCGUGUGGACAUCCUGAGGCUGGUGGCAACGCUUCUGGUCCUGCAGCUGAUGAGAGUGAGGGAUCCGGAGUUCGGUCGUUUUCUCCACUCGCUUUUCAACCUCAGCAAGUCCACUCAGCACAGGCCGGAGCAUUGGGAGCAGCUGAAGCGAGCGGUGGACUGGGUCAUCUGGGCCGACCGCCAGUACCCGUGCAUCUGCAGCCGGCUGGAGUUCGGCGUGAGCUGGGAGUCGUCCACUCGCCAGCUGCUGGGCUUUGACUCUCUGCCUCCGUUCUCACCGCUGCAGGGUCUGAACCUGCGCAACACUAGGGUGGAAGAUUAGCGCCGCUUACAAACAUGAUUCUGGCUUUGCACCUUAUACUAGGGGGGAAAAAAGUGUGGCCUUGCUUCAUCAAAUACUGCUCCAAAUGUAAAGCUACAAAUCUAUAACUGAGUGACAAUCAUUCUUUUUUUUUUUUUUUUUAAA